AUGCCUUGGCCCAAUUCCCUUUCCCAACGCCCCCCUAUCUCCACUCCAAGCGAGGGCACCAAAAACACCACCUCACCACCCUCCAAACCCCAACCCAAAAUCGACGAGAAAGCAGACCACAAAUCUUCUCCUACACCAGUAUCCCCUAUUGUAGUCCCUACAAGUACCCAAUCCACUCCACCCCAACACCUCACCGCAGAAGCCCUCCUCGCACUAACCUCCCAACCUCUCCGUCACGGCGGAGCCUGGAGUUCUGCACCCCCCGCGCCACGCGCCCGAUUUCUCCCGCGAGCCACCGAAAAAAUCUACACCCUCAGCAACGGAGCCGUCUACCCCAAAACUGUCCGCCAACUAGCUGACGCCAAACGCUGGAUAUCGAGGCGCAAAAAUAGGGAAAACUUCAGGAGAAUUGAAGCAAAGGAAGAGCAUCUGGCGCAGCAGAGAGAAAGAGAGCGAUGGUUUGUGCCGGCGAAGAAAAUUGAGUAUUAUGACGAGGAGGGUACAGUGAGCUGGGGUGCUUGGGAGAAGAAAAAAUGGGCUCGAAAUUGA